AAGUAUUUUCAAUAAAUCUUCAUUUCCCCCUAACUUUCUCCCUUCACUUUCACUCUCCUCACUAACACCAAAGUGAAGAAGUUCUUACAGUGGUUCUGCUACAUCAAAUUUCACACUAAACCUUCUAUCACAUAACUGUUCAGGACGGCGACCUCCGUGUCGUAUAUUGAAUCAUUGUAGGUCAAUUGAUUGAUUUUAUGUAUGGUAGGAUGGGGGAUGGCGGUGAAGAAGGCGAAUUAACUAGGAAAGUUAGGGGAUUGAGGUUUCUGGAUAAUUUAAGGCCAGGAGAGAGGUUUCAAGUUGAAUCUUGGCUUAAUGCACCUGUUGGGCCAAACUCUAGUUACAUGUCUACUUACAUUAGCCACCUAGCUAAAGACGGCAACAACUUACCAUUGACGAUACAACAUUGGACUCAGAUGCCGGCUGAGUCCGUUCUGAAAGCUAUGUUGGAAGUUAAGAAAGUAUUUGACUACCCGGAUGAUCUGAAUGAUUGGAUUAGGGCUAAGCUGCAAGAUAGGUGGAGGAAUCACAAACAUUUUGUAAAAAAAGAAGGAUUCUAUAAGUACACUACCCAAGAAGAACGUCUUGCUAAUCGACCCAAGGAUGUUGUUGAGAGCCAGUGGGGACCGUUGGUUGAGUAUUGGCAAAAUCCUAAACAAGAAGCAUUAAGUGCUAAGAUGAGAGCAAUCAAGUCUAAACAAACAGUUCACCAAAGUACCGGCUCCAAAUCACAUGUGAAAUAUGCAGCAGAGUUAGAAGCUAAGCUUAAAAGACCCCCUACAGCUCAGGAGAUAUACGAUGCUACCCAUGCGAAACGAAAGAAGAAAAUGGUGGCCUUUGAACAAAAACCAAGCCAACAAACCUCUGAGAACUCUUCAAACGGACAAAAUGAUGCAAUCGUGCAACAUGCGGGACAGGAUUUUAUGUCUCCUGUUUCUUCAUCAAAGGAAAUGAAGAUGAGUGCAAAACUAUCUGGUUCUCGGGAAAGAAACACAGUUUCUACAAAUAAACAUGAGUACCGGCUUCGCUCAAGAUCUAAAUCUAUUCCAACCAGUCCUGUUCCUCUGGUCCAGGAAUAUGUUACAGAAGACAGUGAUUAUAGCAUGCAAGCUGAGUCAGAUGAAUCCCUUGAAGGUUUUAGAUCUGAUAGUACUCCUAUCACAAAACCGUCAAGGAUGGCUGAUGGAGACCAACGAGCAAGAAAAGUUAGAGGAUUGAAGUUUUUGGAUGCUCUACGACCAGGACAGAGACUUCAGGUUCAAUCUUGGCUUAAUUCACCUGUUGGACCAAAUUCUACUUCCUUGGCUACAUACAUUAGCCACCUAGCUAAAGAUGGCAACAACUUACCAUUGACAAUACGACAUUGGACUCAGAUGCCGGCUGUGUCCGUUCUGAAAGCUAUGUUGGAAGUUAAGAAAGUAUUUGACUGCCCGGAUGAUCUGAAUGAUUGGAUUAGAGCUAAGCUGCAAGAUAGGUGGAAGUAUCACAAACAUGCUGUAAAAAAAGAAGGAUUCUAUAAGUACACUACCCAGGAAGAACGUCUUGCUAAUCGACCCAAGGAUGUUGUUGAGAGCCAGUGGGGACCGUUGGUUGAGUAUUGGCAAAAUCCUAAGCAAGAAGCGUUAAGUGCUAUGAUGAGAGCAAUCAAGGCUAAACAAACGGUGCACCAAAGGACCGGCUCCAAGUCACAUGUGAAAUAUGCAGCAGAGUUAGAAGCUAAGCUAAAAAGACCCCCUACAGCUCAGGAGAUAUACGAUGCUACCCAUGCGAAACGAAAGUCUCCUGUUUCUUCGAAAAAGAUGAAGCUGAGUGCACAAGCUAGUGCACAAGCUUCUGGCUCUUGGGAAAUAAAUGCAGUUUCUGGAAAUAAACCUGUGCACCUGCCUCUAUCAAGAUAUAACUCUAUUUCGACUAGUCCUGUUCCCCUGAUCCAGGAAUGUGUUACAGAAGAUGACGAGGAUUAUGCGCAGGCCAAGUCAGAUGAAUCUGAAGACAUCGAGGAUAACAUGCAAGCAGAGUCAGAUGAAUUCCAAGACAACGAGGAUAACAUGCAAGCAGAUUCAAAUGAAACCGGGGAAGGUUUUGGGUCUGUUGGGGAACCUGUUGAAGCUGCAAGGACGACAUCCUCUACCGAACCUGUUGAAGCUACAAAGACGACAUCCUACGCUAUGACUGCUGUCUCCAAUUUGGUGUCUAUUUCUCCUCCUAAGGAUAUCUCUGCACCCUUUGUUGGGUCCACAAGUGUUUCUGGUCGAGGGAGUGAUGAAGAAUUUGAGCUGAUUGACAACUUCAAAAUCCCAAAAGAAUAUGCAGUUUUGUACAAGAAGAUCUUUGAUAAGUAUGGGCAUAUGGCGACAAAGAAAGUCAUCAAGUCAAAUGAUACUGUAUUAGUAGCAUGUGUUACUAGCUUGUUGAAGAUUAUCUCUACAAUAGAAACUGCGCGGGGUUCGGAUUUAAGUGACGCGCUGCUGGAAAGUUGGGAUGGAGACAUCGAAGAUGUUGAGAACUUGGGAUUUAAUAUUAAAUGGCUUCGAAAUAAGUUUGAUGAAGUUAAGAACAAUUGGAAGUCUUCAUCUGGGUUACGUAAAGAAGUUGAAAUCAAUGAAAAAAAUUUGGACGCAAAGCAGGUUAAACAUGCAAGUCUCUUGGCAAGAAAAGAAGAACUUCUGCGAGAAACAUCAAAGGUCAUUAUUGAGAUAAGAAGAACUGAAGCGGAGAUUUCAUCAGAGAAAAAAACUAUUCAAGAAAAAUUGGCUCCAGAAUGCAAUUUCUUGAAUGAACCUAUUUUAGGGAAGCUGCUCAGUUGAAUGUAACUGAUUUGAACUGUUUUGGUGUGCAUGAAUAGGUAGCUUCUGUAGUGUAGGGAGGGGGUGUCCGACUGAAUACUGGUUGCCUAUUUUUGGUAUCUCUAGAUUAACUUGUUCUGGAAAGCCCAUUCAGGGCAAUAAUCCAGGCCUGAAGGUCCUAAACCGUCUCAGAUUAGGAAAGGUUCUAUUCUACUUCUGUAACAACUCUAUUUUAUCAUUCCUUUAUUAUAUAUAUUCAUAUCCCUCUGUCA